AAAAACCGCCCGUCCUGAUCUUUCUACGACGCGAUCAUGCCUGGGGCCCCGUCCUCGCCGGAGGGCACGCCCACGCCAACGCCCAGAGGCUCGGCGGCGGGUUUGUGCUGUUGGUCGCCGCGAAGGGCGUCUCGCAGCUCCUGGUCAUGCACAAGCUCCGGGAGCUGCGCAGGCCGCGCCUGGCGCGGUUGGUGCGCGCGUGCGCGGCGGCCAGCCUCGCGGGCGUCGUCGCCGUGGCGCUGCUGUUCUCUCUCCACGUUCUCUGCAUGGUUCUGUGGCGCUGGGAGGAGGACUCGGAUCUGUUUGCAGUCGCGGCGUUUUUCCCGGGCCUGGUCGCGCUCGUGUCGUACCCGGUCUCGUGCGGCGCCGGCCUUUGGGGCCUGCUCGCGGGCGCGGCGCGCGCCUGGAGGUUUGGCAGCGCCCUGCAGAGGAAGGCAGCACUGUUCGCGGGCCUAACCGCGGCGUGCCAGGCACUCUCGUUCAGCAGCACGUUCCUCAUGUGGGCUGUCACCCUUGCUGAGAAAAAGGCUGGUUGGUUCAACUGGGCCACGUGCGUGGACGCGCUGUUCGACUGCCUCUGCGUCGCGCUCUUCUCGGGGCUGGUCGGGCCGCCGUGGCUGCAGCGCCUGGCGCAGGACUCGUUCGAGGCGAUCAACUCCUACAGCUCCGACCAGCUACAGGAGUUCUACGAGGAGUUCCUGGCGUACCUGGAGCACGCGCAGGUGAAGUGGGUGCGCUGCCGCUAUCUGCGGCGCCUGGCCGCGGAAGGGCGCGUCAUGACGCGGUGCCAGGAGGUGCCGCCGCACGAGGCGAUCUGUGGAAGCGCCGGCUUCCCGCUCUCCAGGGAUAUGCCCAAGGACAGGUUCGUUCUCUCGCACCCGUGGCUGUCGAGGGAGCACCCCGACCCAGAGGGUGUCAAGCUUCAGGAGCUGGUCCGGCAGCUGAACCUACUGGGCGCCUCCGACGCCGACGCCGUGUUCGUGGACUUUAUGAGCCUGCCGCAAAACGACAAGGCCCACCCGGAGCUGCGGCAGCUGGAGCGCGCGGGCAGGCCAUGCCCCGACCCGGGGUGCCACCCUGCGGUGCGCACGGCGGCGGAGGAGCGGCUCUUCAAGAGGGCCCUCUCGGCGAUGGAGCAGGUGUACAGUACUGGCAGCAUCAGGGUGAUCGUCCUCCCCAUGGACAGCAGCGUCGAGGCGGGCAGGGAGUACAUCAAGCGUGGAUGGUGCUUCUUGGAAUUCUGCCUGGCGCUGAGCUUCGGCAACAUCUGCAACGCCGAGAUCGCCGAACCCGUCGCACUCCUCGCGGAAGAGGUGAAGAGCAAGCGGGCUAACACGGUAGACGGCUUCCGGUCGGCUUUCCAGCAUACGCACUUUACCAAUAAGGGGGACGCUGACGUUGUGCUAGAGCUCUUCGAGAACACCCUCGACAAGCAGACAAGACACUGAGGGAGCGUGCCGCUCCCAUCGCAUUUGUCGGCCCUCUCUCCCGCGUUCUCUCCCCUGCGUUCUCUCUGCCUGCCGAGGCUGGCCCCACUUAUUGUUCACCCCCUCCCCGCGCUGGCCCUGUACAGCUCGAAGAUUUCGAAUGAUUGACCUCCUCUGUGCCCGAGCGCACGUGGCCCCCGAGUGUCCGUGCGUCUCUGUGGGUCUUUGGGAUGCUUUUGGCUUGUGUCAUUUGUUGCUUCGCAUGGCUUCAGGAGCACCUCGGAGGAGCCUCAGACGCCCCGAGAGGCCAGGGUCACCUUGCGGUCGUUUGAGAGAUUCCGUAGUGCACGCUUCUGUCCUCCCUCAACCUCCCCCUCCCCCUUUCCUUUCUCCUGGGCUGCCGGUGGAGAUGCUGGUAGUGCGCAGUCGUCUCACGUGGCUGAUCGUGCCGAGGCAUGUUGCCCGUCAUACAGGUGUGUACCUUUGCAGUUAUUGUUCACUUCUUCCGUGCCCGCGUUGCAUAAUAACAA